CCGCAGUACAAAAGUAAACCUUUACGUUACAACAUCGGAUAAAUUUCGCUUACUGAUCACGAACUCAUGUGUUCUGUAGUAGAGGUGUUUCCAUGUCGUUAAACUCGUCAACCGUGCAAUCCUAUAGACUGUGUGUAUCUACACAGCGAAUGUCUGCGGGCCGAGGACUGAACCUCCGGUUUACAUAUUAAUGUAGAUCUUACUGGGAAUUUUAAUUCGGGAUGUGUUUAAAAUAUGAUGUGUAAGCUGCUCCUGGUCUUUAAUCUGUAGUACAGCUGUUUGUUUGAAACCUUUUUAACCCUCGAACUUGUAUUGAUUUUGUCGGGAGCAUGUCUUUAAUUAACGGGUCCCACGGCCCACUUGCCCCUACGGACAACGUCCAAUGGAUGCAAAUUCAGAAGGAUACAUUUACAAAUUGGGUGAAUGAGCAGUUAAAGUCUAAAGGAUCGGAAGUACGUGACCUGAGGACGGAUUUUGCAGAUGGUGUCAAACUUGUUGCUCUUGUGGAAGCUCUUAAACGACAAAAAUUACCAGGGACCGUCUCAAAACCGUCAAAUCAGUACGAAAAACUCCAAAAUAUCACCGUGGCUCUGGAAGGUAUCGCAGCCGAUAACGUGCGCAUCAUCAAUAUAGAUAGUAAGGAGAUUCUCGAAGGUAACCACAAACUUAUUCUAGCCCUGAUAUGGCAGCUAAUUAUUCGGUACCAAAUCGGAUUAUCGAACAUUCAACACCGGAACUGGAUGCUGGCAUGGCUUCAAGCAGUUCUACCAGAAUGCAAUAUUACAAAUUUUACUUCCGACUGGACCGACGGGACUGCCCUCUUUGCCCUGUUGGACUUUUGUGUGUCUGGAUUAUGCUCUACCUGGAGGUCAUGUGACAAGUCAGACAGGGAAAACAACUGCAGAAAGGCAAUGAAGUUAGCCAGACAGCAGUUUGGAAUACCUCUAAUUCUUCGUCCGGAGUAUAUGGCGAGUCCCGAGCUGGAUGAGAUGUCGGCCAUAACAUACCUGUCGUACUUUAUGAAGGUCGGGGCCCCGGGGUACAACGCCUGUCUACAGAGACUUCAGCCUCUUGUACGCAACACAACCGUCUUUAACUUUACCACGGACUGGAAUGAUGGCCGUGUUUUAUGUGAACUUGUCACCAAUCUAGGAGCAGUCAUUCCCAGCUGGCCCGAGGGUAACGCAUCUAACAUAGACCUGCUUCAACAAGGUAUAAACGGUGGAAAGCGUCUAAAUGUCGAUCCGGUGGUUCCGGCCGCCGAUAUGGCGGAGGAAGAGACGGAACACCUCGGCAUCAUGGCUUAUGCUGCAAGAUUUCUCCAUCUGAACCCUGUUGCCGAGAAACUUUUCAGUGACGCCGUUCAACAGCGACAGCAGGUGGUUGUUCUGGAGAAGCGUCCCUCUUUACGACAAAUGUAUCCCAUACCCCUUCCUCCCGUACCGUCUGGCGACCGGAACUCCAUUCGUGUAGUUAACAAGGAGACUACCACCAAAGUGGUGUACUCCCGAGAUUUGGAGCCGACCAUCCGGACAUACACCGUCAAUCCGGAAUCCGAACGUAAAGUGUAUACCAUUGACCCACAACCUGUCAAGGCCCUGUACGCCAAUCCUAAACAGACAGUCACUGUCCGUCACCAUCGACAACGAGACGCAGACCCGUCCUACUACGUAAUGUCUCCAAAACAACACCAGAUGAAUACAAGUGAUGAGCGCAGGAUUUAUAGUCUGAUGAAUGCCACAGCCGGCGACAAACCUGAGAAGACUUUCAACUUUGUCCGGCGACCAUCACUUCGUGCCGCCACCAAAAGUGAGAUUCUAGCCGACCACGGCGUCAAAAUUGAGACGUUUUCGGUCGGUGUCAUCAUUACAGAGAAGUACCACGAUAUAAUCAGCAAGGACGAGGUGCGCGUGGAGGCGCUGUCCCCCACAGGGCGGGUCAUCAGGAUGACAGGAGAUGGGUGUUACCAUGCCGACUUCUCCGCUGAUGAGAUCGGUGAAUGGUACAUCAAGGUGUUUAUAAACGACAGACAGGUCAACUCUUGUCCCAUGGACGUCAGUGACCCCUCACAGGUCAAGGUCAACGGUAUCAAACAGGGCAUUGUUGGUAGACCACAGACGUUUAAAGUGGACUGCCGGAGAGCUGGGUCCGGAGAAGUGGAGGUUCAGAUUAACCACAAGCGCGGAAAUGUGCCCUGUUACAUCAGCAGGACCGACCCGAACGUGUUCCAGGCCAAGUACACCCCCUUAUAUCCGGGUAUCCACAGGAUGAGGGUCAGCUUUAACUCCGCGGAUAUUCGGGAAGCUGACUUCAUUAUCGGGGAGGGAAGUGACGGUAUGCACAGACGGGCUGUAUUCGAGACCGAUAUCACUGAUGAUGAAGAUGGAAUGACAAAGACAGUGAGGACCGCAUGUGAUUGGCAGAUCGACUAUGUGACGGGAGGGCCGAUCGAGGUGAACAUGGCGGAGACUUGUGACGUCAAGGUGUACAGUAUGAAGGACGGCACAGUGUGUGCGUCUCCACACCUGAUAGUGGAUUGUACGGAUUCUCCAAAUGGACGGCUCGAAGCAGACGUUCUACAUAAUGGCUUCAGAUUUCCGGCGGAAAUCAAAGAGGAGAAGCCGGAUGUGUAUCGGAUAAUGUUCCGACCACGUGGUCCGGGGCUGUAUAAAGUUUUCGUCGUCUAUGACGGUGUCAAUGUCAAGGGAUCACCAUUUAUACAGGAGAUCGAUGAAUUGACGUCACCCAAAGCUACAGGCGAAGGACUGGUCAAGGGAGUGACAGAUUCUCCAGCCAAGUUCAAUGUAGACGCCCGAGGAUUCUCGGGCGACUUAUCUGUGAUCAUAACAGGACCUAACCAUGCUGUACAGUGUACGACUACACCAGAGGAGGACGGAACACACACUGUAGUGUACUACCCUACUGACGUGGGACUCCACCGGAUAAACAUACGGCUGGACAACAAGGACAUCGACAACAGUCCGUUCAAGCCGAGGAUUGUGUGUCCGUCACGAGUACGAGUAUCGGGAGGAUGGCGCCCUCUUGUGGACGACAGAGAACGGAUACCUUUAGUCGUCAACAAGGAGAAGCAAAUACCCUUUGAUGCCAGUGAAGCUGGUCCAGGAGAGUUAACAGCAGAUGUACACGGUCCAAGCUCAAAGGUGCCUAAUGCAGUAGAUUCAAGAGGAUCGGGGAAACAUAUACUUGUCUUUACUCCCAAGGAGGAAGGUAAACAUUAUAUAGAUGUCCGAUGGAGUGGCCACGCCCUGCCUAACACUCCCUACCUAGGGUUCGCCACGCGCCAGCCAGAGGGCGUCACCGAAGAACAACCUUCAUUCCAGUCCAUCAUUUUACUAAAAAAUCCAGAUGGGUCUAGUGACAGUGAUACUUCCGACGACAAUGAUCCUCGUAAGAAGAAGAGGCGUGCCGUCCGUAAAAUACCCAGCUACACUAGUUCCGACUCAAAUCGCAGACCUCCUAGAAUAACAGUUUUACGUCACAGAUCUGACGUAGGCUACCCACCAAACCCACGACUUCAUGUCCUCAAACACCAACCCAGCCUACGGUCCAGUACCACGGUAACUGAUGACGAAUCCGGAGUAGGGGGUCCCCGGAUAUCCGCUGUGUACGUCCCCACUAGUCCUAGCCUGAGUUCCCGCUCCUCUCGCCCUCCUUCCUACAAAGUUGACGAAACUCACCAGAAUGGCCCAAAGAUUCCGUAUGUGGCCCCCAAAGUAGUACUCACUGGCCCCGGUCUGAAGGAAGCCUGGGUGGGAAAACCAACAGUGUUCUAUAUAGACGGCACUGAUGCACCGGAAGGAACCCCGGAUGUGCACCUUGGCAGUGUCAACCAUGAAAUAUAUGUUGAUGCCACUCCGACAGGUCCCAAGUACUACACGUGUUUUUAUACACCCAAGGAACCUGGUGCCUAUCUUCUGAACAUUAGUUGGAAUAAACACCCUCUGAGAUGCUGCCCGUUGAAAUUGAACGUUCACAAGUUGCCCGAACACAGACCACCAAGUAUCCGAACCAGUGUGACUGACAAUGAUAACGUAAACAGGAGUCCACCACAGAUAGACCCGAUAAAUAUCCGAGAGGGAGUCGUGGGUAGGCCCAUCGUCGUCAGUAUUGAUACCACCAAACUGGAGCCGGAGACUCGUGAGUUGAGAGUGAACUGUACUGGACCUAAUGGUGAGAUAGUACCGGUUGUAUCGACACCACAGAGUGACGGGACUCUUAAUGUACAGCUCCGACCUGUCGGACCGGGCAGGCAUAUACUCAACGUCCGUCUCAACGACAAACACAUAUUCGCUAGCCCGUAUGCUAUAGACGUCCGCCUCAACCCUAACAUAGGUACAGUAGACGUCUACGGGCCGGGGAUCUCCAACGGAAUCCUGCCGCAAUUCGAGGGCCAGUUCUGGGUUGACGCUACUAAUGCUGGGGCAGGCGAGAUACAUGUCAGCAUCAUGGGACCAAAGGGUGCCUUCCGGGUGGAGAUGAUGCGCUCAAGCCAGAAGACAAAAGUGUUCCACUGCCGGUACAACCCUAUUGAACCUGGCGUGUACAACGUCAAUGUGUUUUGGUCAGGCAAACACAUCAAGGACAGCCCCUACACCGUACUACUGGGCGUGUCGGAGGCCGACCUGGACCGUAUGGUUCUGGAACAGAGAGCCUCCCUGCUUCCGGGCCCGCCAUCACACCGAGGGUCUUACAAAUACAUCCCUGCUUCGGACGAGUCGGGUAUCAUAUAUUGACCUGAAAACUUUGCAUAAAGUUCAAAUUACCGAUUAGAAUAAAAUGUAUUGUCGGUUAUCUCCGGAAAAUGUUAGAAUGUACAUCGUCUUGAAUGUUGCAUAAACCGAAUAUUUGAUAUUUUACAUGCUACACAUGAGACACAAUUACAUGUAUAUAGAAUAUAGUUUAUGUUAUGUGUACCAAGUCUGCCACGAUGGCAGGCCUAGGUUGUAAAACAGCAUACCAUGUGGAUCACAUGUGUAUCAUUAACCUGAAUGUAGCAUUUUAGCUGUCAUAUGGAAUAAAGUAAAUAGUGUGCCUUACAAGAAGAACCAGACAAUACAUAGAGAUGUCAUUGAAUGAUUGAAAGCGAUACGAGAACUGGCAGUGUUAAUAUCAAUUAAAUUAAAUUAGCAGUUUUUAGGGGAUAGAGGGAUGGGUUUUAGCAGACUCUCUUGGGUUUUUAACAAAAUCUGUAGACAACUUCGAUAAUACCAUUCUUUAGAAGAAUUUCCUGUGAUUUUGUACAUUAGAGAAAUGUCCUUCCAGUGAGUGUAAUACUGUAAGUCAUAACAAAUGUAGACAAUACUUAUAUAUUUAGAUAAUCUCUUAAUUACUACGUAACGCUGUCACGCGAUGUCUGGAACACCUAAUACAUUUUUCUUGCAAAAUAUAUAAUCUGUUAUACAGUGUAACAAAGUCAAUUUAAUUACAGUCGGAUAUAUGCGAAGAUAUCGAGAGGGUACAUGACACUGGCUAAAACAAAUCAAAUUACACAAUGAAUUAGGCUUGUCUAUAUAUGCGUGUCGCAGAAUAUAGAUACUUUCCAAUAAUAUUAAAGGAAUUGAAAGGACAGAAGUCUUAGUGGUAAAACUUUGUGUUGAGAAUAUCUCGUAGAACCACUCAUUUUCCACAGUUCUGUUUUUUUAGAUAUUGUUUUCGGGGUUAUUUUAUUAACAUUAAUGUACAUGACGUAGCAUUUAUCCUAAAUAUCGGAACAGUUGUAGUCAGUAGAAUAUUUUCUCUGAUAAUAGUAAAAUAUCACCAAGGCUAUGCAUAUAUGUUGUAAAGCAUAAGUAAAGCAUCACUAAAGCUCUCAUAACCUCUCGUUAAGUAUACUUCAUUGAUAUAUAUAUCAUGUAGUUGUAACACAGUAUAUUGUAUUUAGAUAUAUGAUGCCAAUUGACGUUCAUGACCAUAGAACAAAACAUAAAUGCAUGAUUAUAUAUAUACGGCCAGUUUAGAUAUUUUGUGUAUAUCUAAUUAUAUGGCAUUUUACUUAUUCUUGAUCCAUUGGUAUAGACGUAACUAUAAAACAGGAGAGAAAUCGAAAUGAUUUCAUAUAAGACUUUGUAUCGUACGGGUUCCGGGUUACUUAUAUAUUAUAUCUGAGUCCUGGCCUUGAUUUCCAGGAGAGAGUGAAUCCGUCAUGGACAAGAAAAUAUGUUAGAUACUUUUUUUUCCGGUUCACACCUAUUUUUAUGUUACGUAGGUUGAGUAUACUAAAUUAAUUCAUCUAUUCUUUAUAAUAUUCACCGCUUUAUCAUUAUCAAUUUUAAUGAGAAUUAUCAUUAUUUGGGUAGCAAAACGUAUUACGUGUCUGAAACCUAUGUAGAAUGUAUUUCUUUAAAAACAACAGCAAAUAAUACAAUAUAUUUGAAUUAUUAGAUAUAAAUAUGUAUAGAUCUAGAAUAAGCUAUUUACAGCAAUGUAUCCACGUGCGCAUUCAACAUUUAAAAAGCCUUCAAAAACUGUUGUACAUUAAGUAUAAUAUCAUUGUGAUUCCAUUGUCAGUUUAUUGUAUUGUAUUAUUAUACGUAUCGGUAAUAUAAGUUGUAUAUCGGAGAGACGUGAAUACAGUGAACCUAUGAUUAACGAAAUGAUUAUCAAUUAUCAAAAUAAUACAGUGAAAGCAAGCUUUGUGUACCAUCACAAAUCACAUUUUAUUUUACAUAAACAUAUUUCUUUUGGUAAUAAUUAUACUUUUAUUUAUACAUACCACGCAUUCUCUUGCCAAUUUAUCUCCCAUACGCAUUUCACUAAAUAUACAUUAUUGUAUAUCAAUCAGAAUACCUUCGUACUUCACAAAGGAUUUCUCUCCUAUUGCAAAAAGAGAGAAGGAUAGAACGUUCCCAUCACCUGUUUUUUUUAAACGUGUCAAUAUAAUUAUACUGGUGAUAUCCGCCCAGGCUUUAUUUCGAGAACUAUUUGUCGAAUGUAACAUUCGCCUUAUUGCUAUGUUGAUGUUAACAGCUGCCUUCUGUGAUACUGUGUAACAGCUUUCAAGGUAAACUUUAGCCCAACAUUUAUUUUUGAUUUCUUGUCAGGGUGGUAAAAUAGGUUUUAGUUGCAAUGUAAACAGGUGAACCAAACAUUUUAAGGACAAAAUACGUGCCUACCCCCUGUUAUUAUAGAAGUAUGUUGUAAUAUGGAUGAUAGCCUUUAUAUCAUCUUGGACCAUUAGUGUCUAUCGAUGAUCCAGUGUCCAUUGUUAUCGAUAUAUUUCACCAGCGUGUGAGAUACCAAUUGACAUGAUAUAAGCUUGUAUAUGAUUACAUAUGCUUUUGCUGAAUAAAUCUGUUGUUUAUGAAGAAGCAACA